AUGGAUUUCAAUGCAUCCACAACCUUGUCAGUAUUAACGACUAAAGCAUCUACUGAUAAACUAACUGAAAUAACCUCUACAUUCUUGAGUCAAUCAACGCAAUCGGUCACUAAUUUAUUUACAAACGCUUCGACGUUGACUACCAUUGAAACGACAACUACUAUGACAACCUAUGUUAAUAGAGUAACUACAGCGUUUCAAGUCAAAGCAAUUAUAUACGCUAUCACUACUGGCAGGUAUGUUCCAUGGUCAAAUGAUUAUGCCGAUAAAACAACGAGUGCUUAUAAAACCUUGGCUACAAACUACUGUUCCUUGCUAGUGCAGAGUUUACUAGCACAAAAUACACAAAUAACUCGUGGAGCAACUUGUACAUUAAUUGGAUUCAUUCGAACUACACUAAAUUCACCUUCUAAACGACAAAUUCAAAACUCUAACAAUAUUACAACUGAUGCUGUUCAAGGAAAUGCACAAACUGAAUUACAAACAUUAGCUGGUUCACAGUUAAAUCAAGCGCAAUUUUCACAAAUAUUAUUAAGUGGUUAUCAAAAGCUUAAUUUAUCAAGUGGAAAUUAUCUAACCGGCAUUGAUACAACACGGAUUUCACCAACUAUUACAUGUUCACAAACUCGAUCACUUUGUGGUGAACAUGCAUCAUGUCGAAAUACUGACAACGGUGUCACAUGUACAUGUGAUCCAAUGUGGAAAGAUGUAAAUCCAGAUGAUCCAGGAAAAAAUUGUACACUACAUCCUGGAACAAUUGCAUUAAUUGUAUUUGCUGCUAUUCUAUUAACUAUUGCUAUUGCUGCAUUAAUCUAUUUUCUAGUUCGAACAAAAUCAAUGAAACAAUUACGAUUAAAAUAA